GCUAGCAAGCAAAGCAAGCAAGCAAGCAACCUGCGCCAGGACUGCGCGGAGGAGCGGGAGCCCGCGAUGCUUUGGCCUCAGUACUUUUCCUUAGCCAGUCUGGCUAAGCAGGGCCAUUGCUGCCGCCGCCGCUGCUGCUAGACACACAACACACACCAACAUCAGGAGGGGGAAAAGUAAGGGAGAGAGGAGGAAAAAAAAAAAAAAAAAAGCCCAGGAAGAUGGCGCCCACCAAGCCAAGCUUUCAGCAGGAUCCUUCCCGGCGAGAACGUUUACAAGCUUUGAGGAAGGAAAAGUCCCGAGAUGCUGCUCGCUCUCGCCGGGGAAAGGAGAAUUUUGAAUUCUAUGAGUUGGCAAAGUUGUUGCCUCUGCCUGCAGCCAUCACCAGUCAGCUUGACAAGGCGUCCAUCAUCCGACUUACAAUUAGUUAUCUGAAAAUGAGGGACUUUGCUAAUCAAGGAGAUCCUCCGUGGAACUUGAGGAUGGAAGGACCUCCACCUAAUACAUCAGUGAAAGUUAUAGGUGCCCAGCGCAGGAGAAGUCCCAGUGCCCUUGCCAUUGAAGUAUUUGAAUCACAUUUGGGAAGUCAUAUUUUACAGUCCCUGGAUGGAUUUGUAUUUGCACUAAAUCAAGAAGGAAAAUUCUUGUACAUUUCAGAAACCGUCUCCAUCUAUUUAGGCCUAUCCCAAGUGGAACUGACAGGCAGCAGCGUGUUUGACUACGUCCACCCAGGAGACCACGUGGAGAUGGCAGAGCAGCUGGGCAUGAAGCUUCCCCCGGGGCGAGGCCUCCUCUCGCAGGGCACAGCAGAGGAUGGAGCCAGCUCAGCAUCCUCCUCUUCGCAGUCCGAGACCCCUGAGCCAGUGGAAUCGACAAGCCCCAGUUUACUAACCACUGACAACACUCUAGAGCGCUCUUUUUUCAUCCGCAUGAAAUCUACCCUGACCAAGCGAGGAGUGCACAUCAAAUCAUCCGGAUACAAGGUGAUUCAUAUAACAGGCCGGUUGCGUCUGAGAGUGUCACUGUCCCAUGGACGGACAGUACCAAGCCAGAUCAUGGGACUUGUUGUUGUUGCUCAUGCUUUGCCACCUCCUACGAUCAAUGAAGUCAGGAUUGACUGCCACAUGUUUGUCACUCGAGUGAAUAUGGACCUCAAUAUCAUUUACUGUGAAAAUAGGAUUAGUGAUUACAUGGAUCUGACCCCUGUAGAUAUCGUAGGAAAGAGAUGCUACCACUUCAUUCAUGCUGAAGAUGUGGAAGGCAUCAGACAUAGUCACUUAGACUUGCUGAAUAAGGGUCAAUGUGUAACAAAAUAUUACCGCUGGAUGCAGAAGAAUGGAGGGUAUAUCUGGAUACAGUCUAGUGCAACCAUAGCUGUCAAUGCCAAGAACGCAAGUGAGAAGAAUAUCAUCUGGGUCAAUUACCUUCUUAGUAACCCAGAGUACAAGGACACUCCGAUGGAUAUUGCACAACUUCCUCAUCUCCCAGAGAAAACCUCAGAAUCCUCAGAGACCUCUGACUCCGAGUCGGACUCAAAGGACAACUCAGAGGACAACGAGAACUCAAAGUCAGAUGAGAAAGGAAACCAGUCCGAAAAUAGUGAAGACCCUGAGUCCGACAGGAAGAAGUCAGGGAAUCAGUCGGAUAAUGAGAUGAACUGUAACGAUGAUGGUAACAGCUCCAGCAACCAGGAUAGCAGGGACAGUGAUGACAGCUUUGAAAACUCUGACUUCGAGAAUCAAAAGGCCCCUGAGGACAGUUUUGGCACUCUUGGUUCUAUGCAGAUCAAGGUGGAGCGUUAUGUAGAGAGUGAGUCAGACUUGCGGUUACAGAACUGUGAAUCACUGACCUCGGACAGUGCCAAGGACUCAGACAGUGCAGGGGAAGUAAAUGCCCAGUCUUCCAGCAAACAUCAAAAGAGGAAGAAGAGGAGAAAAAAGCAAAAGGGAGGCAGCAUGACCCGGAGAAGGCUGUCAAGCACCUCAAGCCCAAACGGACUUGACUCAGCUUUGGUGGACCAGCCCCAGCUGCUCUCGUCGCCAAACAGUGCCUCAGUGCUCAAAAUUAAAACAGAAAUCUCAGAACCUAUCAAUUUUGAUAAUGAUAGCAGUAUUUGGAAUUACCCACCCAACAGGGAAAUCUCAAGGAAUGAGUCACCUUACAGUAUGACCAAGCCCCCCAGCUCCGAGCACUUCCCUUCCCCCCAAGCCAGCAGUAGUUUACACGUCUCCAUUCCAGACUCCGUUCUCACCCCGCCAGGGACUGAAAAUACUGCGAGCCGUAAAACUCAGUUCAGCACCUCAUCCAACUCGGCCUUGGCCCCUGUAUCCUCUGACCCUUUGUCACCCCCACUUUCAGCAUCUCCACGGGACAAACAUCCAGGAGGUCCCAGCACUUCCAACUCUUUGUUGUACACUGGGGAUCUGGAAGCGCUCCAGAGGUUACAAGCAGGCAAUGUGGUGCUUCCUUUGGUUCACAGGGUAACAGGAACCCUUGCUGCGACCAGCACUGCUGCUCAGAGGGUCUACACCACUGGCACUAUUCGGUAUGCUCCAGCUGAAGUUACUUUAGCCAUGCAGGGCAACCUCCUCCCCAACACCCACGCUGUUAACUUUGUUGAUGUUAACAGCCCCAGCUUUGGGCUGGAUCCUAAAACACCGAUGGAAAUGCUCUACCACCAUGUUCACCGACUCAAUAUGUCGGGACCGUUUGGAAGUGCUGUGAGCGGGGCCAGUCUGACCCAAAUGCCUGCAGGGAAUGUGUUCACAACUGCCGAAGGACUUUUUUCCACUCUUCCAUUUCCUGUGUACAGCAAUGGCAUUCAUACUACACAGACUCUGGAACGGAAAGAGGAUUGAAUUAUGACCACAUACUGUGUUCAGUGUUAUACUCUGAGGCAUAGACUAUGUUUUAAUUUAGACCUUUAAUUCUAGCACUUUGAAUUUGAGCAGGUCAGCUUAUUCUCUCAAUAUGAUGGUCCCCAUUUCAUUCCCUUUCUCUUUAACUUGACUUAUUCUUUAAUGUAAAGAUAUUUUUUUAUUUUUGCCUUCAGAGAGUCGAAGUACCAGUUGCCUGCCAUUUUGUCUUCUUCUAAGAUGUGUGUUUUUUCCUUUGCAUCUUUAUUAAGAUGCCUUUAAUAUGUGUAUGCCUCUGCCAUAGAAUACUCAGUGUUGUGGUAAAGAGAUUUUAAAGUGACAACCAUUGGUUUUACUUCAAAAUGAUCUUGAUAUGAUCAAGAUUAAAAGAGACAAGCAUAAACA